GUUUAAUUAAAACAAACACAAGCCUUGAAUUAUUUGUUUAAAAAAAUGAUACACAUCAUGUGGUGCUGAGAGUUCGUUAAGAUCGCUUUUAGUCUCCUCCUCGUUCAAAUUCAAAAUCAUCAUGGGCGUAAUCAUAAACACCACUCUGGCCAUAUCCAUAGCCACGAUAUCGGCGGGAUUCGCCUAUUACUUUUAUCAGCUGAAAAAGAAGGUGAAAGUUCCGGGCAAAUGGACCGAAAUCGGCAUAGUCAAGAAACUAUGCAUCUAUCCGUUGAAGAGCGGCAAUCGCAUCGAAGUUUCAAAGGCCGAAUGCACCGAAGUCGGUUUGAGACAAUGCAAAGACGACGAUCCGACGUAUCAGUUACGAGACAGAGGUUUGAUUGUUUACGGUGACAAGGACCAUGAAUUUAGAACGGCCAGGACUUAUCCCAAAAUGGUGUUGAUCGAUGUUGGAGUACAUGAUGAGGAUCAUCUGUCUAUCGAUGCACCCACCAUGAGAACUUUGUAUGUGAAAAUUCCCAAGAAGACCGACGACAACACCUUGAAAAUCAAAUGUCAUAAAGGAGAGGAGAUCAUAGGAAUUGAUUGUGGGGAGGAAGCUGCAUCUUGGUUUUCUAGAUACAUCCUAGGAAAAUCCACAGGUUUAGCUUUGGCAUAUCACGAUGCAAGUUCUAGAAGGGAUAUAACGAGAACUCACAAACAACUACUGGAUUACUAUCUCAAUCUCACCAAUGAUUCGACGGGUCUUUAUUCAGACUUGUCAAGGGUGCUGAUAGUCAAUCAACAAUCCGUCAAUGACUUGAACAAGAAAAUCGGAUCUGGAACUCAUGUUUCUGUCAACAAUUUCAGACCCAAUUUAGUAGUAGAUGGUACCCAAAUCCAACCUUACACCGAAGACGAAUGGGACUGGGUGAAAGUCGGAGACGUUCUCUUUAGAAAAGUUAAAGAAUGCACCAGAUGUAUUUUAACAACUGUUGAUCCGGAAACCGUCACGAGAAGCACUGACAGAGAACCACUUAAAACCUUAGAAACUUACAGAAUGAGUGAUGGUCCUGCCAAAUUACCGGUAAUGUGCAUCAACACUGAGGUCAAGAGAAACGGUGUGAUCCAUGUUGGAGACACUGUUUACUUUGCAAAGGACGCAGAAUAGAUUGUGAAGAUUUAAUUAAAAUAGUUUUAAUCCAUGUUUCAAAUCAGUAUGGAUUGUAAAUAUCGCUGUAAAUAUAACUACAUGUACGUACUUUUAGAUUUAGAAAUAAAUUAUUUGAGCACUGCCA